AUGAGACUCAUGAUUCAUCUAACCAAUGGCAGUACAAUAUUAUCUGUCGAAGAAACGUUUGAUACGAGAAACACGGGAGGAAAAAGAAGGAGUUGGGACGACGAAUACAUAUUAAAACGUCAAUUCUCCGCUCUUAUCCCCGCAUUCGAUCCCAGACCCGGAAGAACAAACGUGAAUCAAACGACCGAUUUGGAAAUACCUGCACCGGGACUUGCGAGCGAAGCAACCACGUCAACGGAAACCUGUUUAACAACUCAACCGAAACUUCAAUUGAUUUUAAGGGGUCCAAAUUUACCUGGAAUUGUUAACGUAUUUUUACGCGAAAAAAAUAUUCGAACGGAUAUCUCGAAAUUUAAAAUCGAUUCGUGA